AUGGCGGACCCGACGUUACAAACGUUCUGCUGCCACCACACCAACAAAUCGGAUAUGGCGUUGAUAAUAAUGCAGGAAUUCAAUAGGGAUGCGUACAACAUAGUGUGCAUCGUCUCGUCGGUAAUCGGUAUGCUGGGAGCGAUUUAUCAGAUACUACCUCGAGAAGAUUCGAGUCUUCCUUACCGUUGGAACAACUUCUCUUUAUCCAGAGGACGAAAUAUUAUUGUGUGGCUCGCUGUUGCUGACCUCUUAGCGUCUCUAGGUGUGUGCGUGAGAUCAGCAUUAUGGAUGCGUUUCAAGUCUAUCAUGCCGAUGGAGGAUGAUACUUCUAGCGUGGUCUUUUGCGCCUUGUCAUCGGCGUGGAUCCAAUAUUUCUACAUGGCCACGUGGAUAUGGACGUUGUGUUACGCCGUGGACAUGAAGUUGCUAUUGGGCAACAAAAGCGGAUGUCCUGCUUACUAUCACGUUGUAGCCUGGACACUGCCGGCCAUCCUCACCAUCUUUGGACUGAUCAUGUUGUACAUACCAGAUGCAAAUUGUCACAACUCGACAACGUUAUCCACUGCCGUUCUGCGUAUCCUCCCCAAUUACUGCGCCACGUACGUGCUGAUUGCAGUGGUCAUGAUCGUGAAUCCUAUCAUGUACAUCGCGUCGACUCGAGACCUCGAGACUGCGGUUAUGCACAGCAUGGGCCAGAUGACCGGCAGGGAACGGAAGUUACUGCACACAAUUAGAUUGAAGUUCGCCCUCACCAAUUUAGUUUACUACAUUUGCUGGGUGCCCAAUCUGAUCAACGGCAUAUUAUUGUGGACCUUGUGGUUCCAGCUGCCGGUCAAGGCGAUCAUCAUUUUAUGGUAUAUAAUGGCUGUGACAAAUCCACUUCAAGCGUUCUUUAACGCACUUGUCUACCAGAGGUGGACCAGGAGGGAGAAGCUUCGUUUGGAUUGCUGUCAAGAUGUUGGGAGCACAAGUAAAAGUAAGAAAGAUACGGGUAUACGUUUUUCCGAAUCGUCUCCGUUGCUGCACCCAAAAACCGAAUAUACGCGGAAUACGCCGUAUAUCAGUAUAAAUGGAUCAUCCUCUCUCUAAAAAAUAAAAAAGUUGUUACCACUUUAAUGUUGAUUGUUCGAUCACCAAUUCUGUAAAUAUAGUAUAUAAUAUCAAAAUUAUGUAUCUUGUAUACGAUGUCAUUGAGAUUCAUACAUCGUAAAAUCGAGUCUGAUCAUUUUACAUAACAUUUUCUACGAUGUUUUAAAGAAAUGUGCAAUAACACAUAUGUAUAUCGCAUUUUUCUGCGUAAUAAUAGCCGCACGUUUCCUAUCGUGGAUAUUUUAUGAGAUUUCGCGAGAUUACAUUGAACAUACAAGAAUCUGUUGGUUUUACGAAAUAUUUUGUACAACGAAAUUUGUAUACAAUAAAUAAAAAGAAAUAUAAUAAAAGAAGAAACUAAGUGUGUAAUGAUAAUUUGUAGAGCAAAAAUUGUAAGAUGUAACAGUAUCUUGCUUCUAAUAUUUGAAUACGGUAAACUGACAAGGAGAUGCAUCAUAAAAUAGGAAAUUUAAGAAAAAAAAAAUCACAACAUGCGUUUUCUUCCAAAUACAAGGUUCGGUGCAUCUGUGUGAUAUAUUAUUUCACUAUUUAUAAUUACUUUUGAAAAAUACGAUUUGUCAGUGAUUCUCAUUUCUUUUUGUGAUAUGACCUCCUAUAGUGAUAUAUCCUAUAAUGAUAUAGUAGAUAAGAAGACGUAGCAAAAUAUACAGGUAUAUAGAGCAUAUAAUAGGGGUUUCAUUAUUAAUAACAUUUUGUACUUAAAUAUUAUGUGUGUGUGUGUGUGUGUGUUAUGUACUAAUAACUACUAGUAAAAUAUACUUUUUUCUAUAUCAUAAUAUCACGAUCAACAGCGGUCACACAUGCAUCAUUGUAUAUACAUACUAUGUUAUCCUAUCUUAACGUCAAAUACAUCGUUUUCAUACAAAUCGAUAAUGAAAAAAGUACAAAAUCUUAUAUUUUAUGAAUUCGUCAAUAUCAACAUUAGCCAUCUUGUGAUUAAUUAUUGCGCCAGAAGCGAGAAAAAUAAAACUUUAUCGUUUAUUUAUCUGUAACGACUGUCAAAUGAUUAAGAUUAUAACGGCUGGCUCGAAAUAAAGCGAAAAAAUCGAGAGACGAAAUCAACCUGAACAUAAAUGUACAUAUGAAUCUCAUACGAGUAUCUAAAUAUAUUGUACGAGCAUUAACAGCCUGUUUUUUUUUUUUUUUU